UGAAACCUGUGAUUUGACAGGUUUCGAAAACUCCAGUUUAUUUAUUUACUAUUUACCACCAAUAAACUGAAGCUGUGACGAAGUUAUUUGAAAAUUAAUGCAAUGAUUUUGAGCACAAUUAAAUUACGCGUAAUCUGAAUGCAUUAAUAUUGGAACUUUCGUAUAAAGUGACGUGGAAGUAAUUUGUGAGGUUAUGUGUAUAUCAUAGACUGUUUACUGAGUUGUUUAAUAAGUAAAAUUAGCAUCUAAGAUGUUUGAAAUUACAGAUACACAAAAAAUUGGGGUUGGAUUGGCAGGUUUCGGCAUAUUUUUCCUGUUUUUGGGUGUAAUAUUGAUAUUCGAUAAAAGUUUAUUAGCUUUAGGAAAUAUAUUAUUUUUAUCAGGCUUAGGUUGUGUAAUCGGGAGAGAACGAACAAUUAGAUUUUUCUUUCAAAGGCACAAAAUUAAGGGCUCCAUAGCCUUUUUUGGGGGAAUUAUCGUAGUUUUAAUAGGUUGGCCUCUAGUUGGCAUGAUUAUUGAAACAUAUGGAUUUAUAUUAUUAUUCAGUGGAUUUUUCCCAGUUGCCAUAAACUUUUUAAGAAGAGUGCCAGUUUUAGGGUCACUUUUAAAUCUACCUGGUAUAAGUGCGUUAGUUGAUCGGCUGGCUGGAGACUCCAACAGAACAACUGUGUAAAUAGUUUUUUUAUUGUAAAUUAUUAAAAGACCUAAAAAAAUAAAAGACAAAGUGUUAAAGUGAAUUUUUAAUAUUAUUUAUGGAAAUCAUCGUGUUUAUCAUAGUUAUGUAAAAGCUAGUCUAUUUUAUUUUAUUUUUUAUUAAAACUCCAAAUUGUUGUAAUACCUUUAUUAUUAACA